GCUUAGGGAGUGCGAAAUAAUCGAUAACGGCUUUUGAUGAACACAGAAAAAUAAAAAUAAAAACAGCCAAAAAGCAAAGAUUUUUAAGAUGAAUACGCUCACCGAUAAAGUUCUGUUGACCAAGGAGGCGCUAGCGUUGGCCCUGGGUGAUAACUGGGAGCGCUACCGGGCGAAUAUGAAAAACUGGUUCCGCAACCGCUGGACCAAAGAGGAAUUCGAUUGCGAAUCUCGAAAAAUUAUGACGCCAGACAAACUGCAUCUGCACAAUCAAUUCCUGCUGGCGUUGCUCAACAAAAUCGAUGCGUUUGCGCCUCCCGAAACCAUUGUCAGUCUGCAGUCAACGUGCCCCACGGGCAAUGUAAGUGGCAGUGGCGGCAGCACCAGCCGCAAGCGGAAGCGCAGCUCGCGCACCUUUGCCUAUCGCAAUCACUUUGAGCUGUGUGAUGUGCUCGAGUUCGUCAAGGAGGACAAUAUGCAGCUGAUACGCCCGCCCACGCUGGCCGGUGCGGAUCAGGGACUGCAACAGCAGCAGCAGCAACAGCAGCUGCCCAUGCAACGCUAUUGCGCUCAGGAAUUAUUUCUGCCCGACGCUGGCUUCAUUAUGGGUCGUUUUCUCAUUGGCGCCUGGGAAAUCGGUCUAAUCUCAGUGGAUGACAGUGUGGCCGAGUAUGUGGCGAUGGCUGUGCAGGUGCUGCUCAAGGAUCUGCUCGCAGCGAUCAUUAUGAAACGUAAACAUUACAAAACGAGCGGUGAGGGUAACUUUUUCUAUGAUGUGGGCGCCCAGCUGCGAGAUCCUUCGCUGCGCAACACGGUCACCCGCCAGAAGGUGGACGAUACGCCGCUGGAGCACGACAAGGAGCUAAACACGGCCAACUUUAUGCGGCGACAAAACGAUGACAUUGUCUUCCUCUCCGCCUGCGAACAAGUUGCCUCCUGCGAGCGAACUGUGAUUACGCUCAAGGAUUGCCAGCACACGUUUCGCGAUCGCAAUCUUAUCGGCUCCCAUGCCGUCUACUCCAUAAAUAUGGAGCGCCUAAACAUGAUGAUGCACUAAUAUUCAGUUAAUUUAAUUUACUUUAAUUUCUUAUAUUUGUAGUUUAAGUUUGCAAUUAAAAUAUUAGUUCGUUUUAUCUGUAA